AGGGCACAGUCAUUUCCUGAAAAAGGAUCUCCCCGCUCUCUGAUCUGGACUCCCCCAGCCAUUUUCUCUUCCCCUCUUCCUCUUCCCUUUUUCUCCCUCUGGAACUCCAUUUUGUACAACAGUUUUGUAUCGUUCGUUUGGGUCAUUGUUAGGUUGUAUUUCCCCGCGCGACACGCUCUUUUCGCCCGCGCCUUGAUCUCUCGGUGUUCGCUAAGUCGGAGCGAUUUGACACCUCUCGAGGCGUUCAUUGUGUGA